AUGAGGCCGGCCCCGCCUGGGGAAAAAACCAAGUCUUCAAAUCCAAAGCUCGAGAAGGACAACAAAAGAAAAAGGGUCUCGAAAACCGAAGACCCUCAAGACAAGAAAACCCCCGCUCGAAGGCUGCGGAAAAGGUAUGCUCAAACAGGCAUAGGCUCGGCCCAAGACUUCCUGAAUGAUGAAGAUAAUGAUGAAGAAGGGUCGGCGUUGGUGAAUCGAGCUAGGAAACCAGUCGAGGUCGCUGAGCCUUCCGAAAAGGACACAUCAUCCCAUGGUGAGGAUGCCCCGAAAGGACAAACGGGCAAGGCCCCUCCAUCUUCGGAGGUAGAGAUUGUCCCUCUGACUUCAACAACUAUACCGAAGGGGGUAAAUGCCGAGACACCCAAUGAUAAUGAGAACGCCCUGAGUGAGGAGCUCGGGGCUGCGACAACGGGUCACUCCCUUUUGUUGCCAACUUAUUCUGAGGGGUCAAUCGAAGAAUCCAAUGCUAUGCCGAAGCCCGACCCAAAUAAGGUUAUCAAAGAUGAUCUUUUUCAGGGUUGCUUUGCUGAGAUCGAGGACGCCAACGACUUUAAUGAUGCAUCCUCCCUUUUCAAAAAGGCUCAAUGUCUCCUUAUCCGGAACCGAGAUGAGCCAAUGCGAGGCCGAGCUCAGAAGGUUUCAGGCAAAAAGAAGGCCUUGAGGCUCCUCUGUAGUCAGAGAGAAGAGGAGCUUAAGGAUCUCCGAACAGCAUUGGCUAAACCUCAAAAAAGCGAGUCCGAGCUAGACGAGCAAGUAACAGCGAUUUUAUCAAAGUUCGGCCUUCUUGGCCCUACUUCGGAGGCUAACACUUUGAUAUCUCAGUUGCAGCAAAAGCUUGAUAUGAUUGGGCAGCUCCGAGGUGAGGUAGAUCGAGUUCGGGCUGAUUGCCAACAAUGGAAGAAGAAUAUGGAUCAACUUGCUGCCGAAAAGGAAGAUGUUAAGGCCCAACUAGACUCGGCUGAAUCAGCUCCAAGGGAAGUCGAGGGGCUGGAAGCCGAACUGGUUAAAGCCCGAACCAAAGCUGCACAGGCUAAGGCUGAAGCUGCUCAAGCUAAGGUCGAAGCUGAGAAGAAUAAGAGGGAGACUCUCGAGGAAAUCCAUGCUCGGGGGUUCGACCUUGCCGAGGAGAUAGCCGAAGCACAGGCACGGGAAAUCGAUGCUAGGUUUCUUGUCUCCUCUGAUGAUGAGGACGUGGUGAGUGGCUCCAGAGAUGGGGAAAGUGAUGAAGAUGCUCCCGAAAGGGAAGAGGCUCCCGAAGAUAAAGCCCCUGAAGACGAAGAUGGCACUCCCGGGGACGUGGCCCCGAAAAUAGAUUAG